AACUCGGUUUCUUUGCCGGGAUCCGUUCCUAUUAAAUCCUUCUGGACCCCGAAACUUUUACAUGUGUAUCUGGUUGCCUUUCGUCGCUAUCUUCUAACAAUGACAGUGUCUAUAUUCUCGUGGCUACGAGCUUGCUCGUUAGCAGCGCUUGUAGCUUUCUCUCCCAGCGUUUCUGCUGAAGAGAUCGCAGCGGUCGGAAGCGUUUCCGUCUCCAGCACAAUCCUCGUCAUUGCACGAGACCAAACUGCCGCACAGAACGGCGCAACCUCCGGUCUACAAGGCUAUGGAAUCCCAUUCGAAGUGCUCGCAGUCCCUCAAUCUGGAGUCUCCAGUCUGCCUCUACUCAACGCAUCAGCAACCCACGGCAAUUACGGAGGCAUUGUCCUCAUCAGCGAAGUCGGUUAUAAUUACGACGACCUGUUCUACAGUGCGCUUACGCGGGCUCAAUUCAACCAGUUGUAUAACUACCAGACACAAUUUGGUGUGCGAAUGGUGCGUCUGGAUGUCUUUCCGACAACGGACUUUGGCACUGUCAGCAUUGGAGGCACAACUGUGGACGAGCCUGUUGUUUUCACGAAUGUGACUGGCUUCUCGACUGCUGGGCUCAAGACGGGACAAAACGCUAGCAUCGCAAACAUAUGGCAUAAUCCAGCACAAAUAACAAAUGCUUCCAUUGCCUGGGAAAUUGCAAGAUUCAGCAAUGUAGGAACCGCUGCUGUCAUCAAUCAGAUUGGCAACCGUCAACAGAUGGUAUGGUUCCUCCCUUUCGCACUCGAUUGGGCACCGAGCUCCAACUAUUUGCAACAUGCCUGGAUCAACUGGAUCACGCGAGGACUAUAUGUUGGAUUCAGACGUCUGUACUUCAGUACUCAAGUCGAUGACAUGUUCUUACAAACUCCUUUGUACCGACCUGAGGGACAAACAUACCGAUGCAAGCCCGACGAUUUAGAUCUACACGUUUCCUGGCAGGCCACAGUGAACUCCAAAAUGCCCAAAGGAUCAGAAUACUUCAUUGAAAUUGGUCACAAUGGUAAUGGCGCUAUCGAAGCAGCAACAGAUACUAACGCGGGAGAGCGGGUGUGCACGCCGCCAUCGGGAAUCGAGUACCCUGACCAGAUUGAUGGAAAUCCAGACUAUACUAAGCCACCAGGAACUGGUAACGACAUUUGGCCAACUACUCCCGCCAAAUACGAGUGGAGUCUCGCGUGUAAUGAAGUUGAUGAGCUCCAGAAUUGGUUUGCGGACGCGUCUAACCGUGACGCAUUUGCGCAUAUCUCCCACACCUUCACUCACGAAGAUCUUACAAACGCUACAUACUCUGAUACUUAUAAAGAGAUAACCUUCAACCAAGCCUGGCUUAAACAAAAUGGAUUUGACACUGCUCUACGCUUCAGUCCCAAAGGUAUCAUUCCGCCAGCUAUCACAGGUCUCCACAAUGCCGAUGCUCUCAAGGCUUGGGUUGACACUGGCAUCGUUAACGUUGUUGGCGACAAUACGCGUCCUCAGCUUUUGAACACACAAAACCGCUUCUGGCCGCUCAAGACCAGUGUUGAAGGCAACGGGUACGAAGGCGUUAACGUCAUGCCACGCUGGGCAACUGUCAUCUACUACAACUGCGACCUUCCAGCAUGCACUCUGCAGGAAUGGAUCGAUACGUCUGGAGGAAAGGGGACCGUCGAUGAUCUUCUGGCAAACGCACGCGACACUGCUAUUAGAAAUCUCAUGGGUCUUCAUUGGGAUUCUUACAUGUUCCAUCAAGCUAAUAUGCGCGUAAACGACGUCCCUACCACCGUCGUCAACGGCAAAUCAGGGCAAUACUCUCUCCUCAUGACAUGGGUGGAAAUCGUCAGCGCAGAGAUCAUCAGACUCACCACCUGGCCCUUUAGGACUCUCAAGCACGACGAUCUCACAGAUCAAUUUCUCAAACGCCAAACCCGUGAUCUUUGCCGUCCUAGCAUGACCUGGCAAACCACAGCUGACGGCAAGGGGAUUCAAAGCGUCACCGUCUACACCGCAAAGAGCAAUCAGUGCGACACCACCAUCCCCAUCACUUUCCCCAUUACUCCAACCUCCACUGAAGGCGCCACCAUGGAACAGAUUGGCACGGACCCUCUCACGCUGUGGGUUACCAUGAGCGGGAAGGCACAGACGUACACAUUUGGUAAGGCGCUACCUUUGUAGGUGCUUAUACGAAUGUGCGUGCAUAGGGACUAUCGUUUCGGUCACGUCAAUUGCUACAUGCGAAGACAUGCAGUCCCGAAAUAGUAAUGUGUUUUCAUCCGAAAAUUUCUUACGGCCACCCUGUUUCCAUUUAACCAAGAAAAGGAAGAGAGAAAAGGGGUCAUGGGGUUUGACGAAAACAUCCCAACUAGCUGCGCAUCUACAGCUUCAUAUUUGUCAUCAUAGUUUUACGUUGCAUGCCUUUUUGUUUUUUUGUUUUCGUUUCUCAAUUCACCUUCAUCGUUCCCAAAAUGUACAUAAUGCUCUCUAAGCUGAAUUAAGCUCAUCACCAAUACUGACUCAAUAUUUGCUUUUUCCAUACUCGCUAAAGACAUCAUUACCUUCCAAUACAUCUCUCAUCGCACAAGAAACUGAUCCGCAUAACCGUUCUCCGGGACGGACGCCUCCACACCC